AUGGUGGAUGCGACGGAGCAAGCAUUGAAGCGCUCACGUUCCAAUGAGAACAAUAGCAGUAGUAGUCAAACACCAAAAAAGGCAAGGCAUAUCAGUGCCAAUAAAAUAGUUGAACCACCCACUCAACCCGGUAAAGUAUUUGUAUUUGGAACUGGCGAUACAGGUCAACUUGGUCUAGGGGACGAAAUGUUAGAAAGAAAAAGACCUAUGCCAUUAAAGGUUCUUGACAGUGAAAAAAUUGUCGAUGUUGUUUGUGGUGGUAUGCACUCCAUAGCUAUUACAGAGGAUGGAAAAUUAUGGUCUUGGGGCUGCAAUGAUCAACGUGCUUUGGGUAGAUCCGGUGAAGAAUAUGAACCCAACAAAGUGGAAAAUAUGGAUCAUGUCAAAGUCGUUAAAGUUGCUUGCUGUGACUCAGUUACUAUGGCACUUACCGAUGAAGGUCAACUUUAUUGUUGGGGUACUUAUCGUUCUGCUGAAGGCGCCUUAGGUUUUUCACGCAAGAAAGCUAUCCAAGAAACACCUGCUAUCUUUGAACCUUUUCAAAAAUACGUUAUUGCCGAUAUUGCUGCUGGCACCGAUCAUUGUUUAGCCUUGACAAGAGAUGGCCGUGUAUUUGUUUGGGGUAAUGGUCAGCAAUUCCAAUUGGGCCGUCGUAUCAUGGAACGCCAUCUCAUCAAUGGUCUUCGUCCAGAAGCUUUGAACUUGAAAAAUAUUCGACUUAUUGGUACAGGCUCGUACCACUCAUUCGCCGUGGCGGAAGAUAAUACUCUCUAUGUAUGGGGACUUAACAAUUUUCAACAAUGUGGUUUAGCUAACGAAGACAAUGAACCAGCUGAAAACAUUAUAACAAAACCUACGCCUAUCAGAGCUCUUCAAGGCAAAGGCACAAUUAAAUCAGUGCAGGGAGGUGAGCACCAUUCGCUUGUAUUGAUGGAAGACGGUAGUGUAUAUGCUUUUGGGCGUGCCGACUCUAAUCAGUUAGGCUUGCCUGAGGAAACACUCCAAAAGGUGCAAAUCCGCGAAGAAGGCGCUGAUGCAUCCGCUUACAAAAAGGCGGUUGGUAGACCCACUCGUAUUCCCAAUUUAGAAAAGGUCGUGGAAAUAGCUACUGGUACAAAUCAUUCAGUCGCUUUGACAGAAUCCGGUAAAGCCUAUACUUGGGGCUUUGGUGAAUGCUAUGCUUUGGGUAAUGGAUCUAGCGACGAUGAACCAGUUCCAGCAGAAUUGACUGGUCAGAAACUAGAAGGUCACAAAGUUAUCCGUGUUUCUGCAGGUGCCCAGCAUUCUAUGAUUCUUGCCGUUCCUCAAAAUGAAUAA